GGAUCAUGGGUGUCUUUUAGUUGUUAAUUUUCUUUACGGUUAUAUGGGUGUCAUUUAUAAUUAUUAUAACAAUAUAAUAUAUGUGUUUAAAUAAAAUGUAGUUCAAUCAAUGAACUUGGAAAUAUUCAAAGUUUGCAAGAAUAUAAGUUAUCAUGGGAUUUAUUGAUGAACUUAGUGUUUCUUCAGUAUUAGUUGGUCUUGGAAUUGUUGUAACAACAGGCUUUGCCAUAUCAGCAUUUGUAGCCAAUUUUCAAAAAAAGAGCAAAAAAAAAAGAACUUUAGUGGAUUCGAAUACUAAGAUUCCACUGCCACUUAUUCAAAAACAUGUAAUUAGUCAUGAUACACGAAGAUUUAGAUUUGAAUUGCCAUCCAAAAACCAUAUUCUUGGUUUACCAAUUGGGCAACAUAUACAUUUAUCAGCAAGAAUAAAUGAAGAAUUAGUUGCACGUGCUUAUACUCCUGUCAGUAGUGAUAAUGAUGUUGGAUAUAUGGAUUUAGUUAUUAAAGUAUAUUUCAAAGACCAAAAUCCUAAGUUUCCUGAAGGAGGUAAAUUAACUCAGUAUCUUGAAACUAUGGAAAUAGGAGAUACAAUUGAUGUUCGAGGACCAUCUGGUCGUCUUAUUUAUCAUGGCCGUGGAGAUUUUGAAAUUAAAGCUGUUAAAAGAAUAGACCCUUCUCAUAAUAUUUUUGUUAAAAAGAUAUCGAUGAUUGCUGGUGGUACUGGAAUUACACCAAUGUUACAGUUGAUAAGACAAAUCACUAGAGAUCCUAAAGAUGAAACUAAAUUAUCUUUAAUUUUUGCCAAUCAGACUGAAGAAGAUAUAUUAUUAAGAGAUGAAUUAGAAGAAGCUGCUAAAAAUCAUCCAGAUCAAGUUAAGAUCUGGUAUACUGUUGACAGACCUACUGAAGACUGGAAGUAUAGUGUUGGUUUUAUAUCAUCCGACAUGAUAUCUGAACAUCUUUAUCCACCAGCUGAAGAUACAUUAGUAUUGAUGUGUGGUCCACCUCCAAUGAUCAACUUUGCGUGCAAACCAAAUCUUGAUAAACUAGGAUAUGAUGUUAAGUUACGUUUUUCUUACUGAUAUGGUUUUUGAAAUACAUUUGACCAUUCUUAACAGUUCAAUAUAUUGUUGAUUCACUUUUUAUACUAGAUUAUGAUCACUGAAUGGGUAAUUUGGUUAAUAAUAACAUUUAAAAUCUCUUUAUUGUUGCUAAUAAAUUAAUAUUACCACAGUUAUUUAUGUAUAAAUUGUUCAAUUUAGCUAAGCAUUAUAACAUAUGUUAAAAUAAAUCACUUAAUUUAUAUUAUAGGAUGUAAUUUCCUAACCUAACCAUGUUGGCAGACGUCAUAAGUGUAUAUAUUUAUAAUGUGGAUAUGUUUAAAUAUAGCGUUUCUUUCAUACA